AGAAGAAGUCAAGGCAGAAAGAAGGAGUUUAAUAUAAUAUAAUAAUGUUAUAGGUGUUGGCGUAAGCAGAGGAAGCGGUUGAAGAAAGAAAGAAAUGGUGUAUCGGCCAUUCUUGACUCUCUCAUAAUUUUGAAAAUUCAAUUCAAUUCAAUACCGUAACAACAUUGAAUCAUUAAUUAAUUAAUUCAGCAAGGAAACACAAUUAUUAUUCUUCAUUCGUUCCAUUGAUUGCAAUUGCAUGAGGUAGGUACCAUAUUUCUUCGAUGAAGAGUUCUCUGAAAAAAUUGCGAGGUCUCGCACUUCAUCAUAAUCACAAGCAUGAGUCUUCUUCUUCUUCCAAUAAGACCAUUCUGCCCCUCGGACAGUUUGAUGAGCUCGCUCAGGCUACAAGGGAGAUGCAAGACAUGAGAGACUGCUAUGAUACCUUGCUUUCCGCCGCCGCAGCAACCGCCAGCAGUGCUUAUGAAUUCGCUGAGUCGUUGCGAGACAUGGGGUCUUGUCUACUCGAGAAAACUGCUUUGAAUGAUCACGAAGAAGAAACUGGAAAGGUUCUUCUCAUGCUUGGCAAAAUCCAGUUCAAACUACAGAAACUCAUUGAUAACUAUCGUUCUCAUAUCAUUCAGACUAUUACCAUUCCCUCUGAGUCUCUCUUGAAUGAACUUCGAAUUGUUGAGGAGAUGAAGCGACAAUGUGAUGAAAAAAGAGAUGUAUAUGAGUAUAUGGUAACAAGAUACAAAGAAAGAGGUAGGUCUAAAGGUGGCAAAGGAGAAACUUUUUCAUUGCAGCAGUUGCAAACUGCUCGCGAUGAAUAUGAUGAGGAGGCCACAUUGUUUGUUUUCCGAUUAAAAUCUCUGAAGCAAGGACAAUCACGUAGUCUUCUUACACAGGCAGCACGUCACCAUGCUGCUCAGUCAUGUUUCUUCAAGAAAGCAGUCAAGUCUCUUGAUACAGUAGAACCACAUAUAAAGUCAGUAACCGAAGAGCAACACAUUGAUUACCACUUCAGUGGUCUGGAAGAGGAGGAUGGGGAUGAAGGCGAGGAAGAUGACGAUGGUUAUGAUGAGAAUGAUGAUGGGGAACUGAGUUUUGACUACGGACAAAGUGAACAGGGGCAAGAUGUUUCUACAUCACGAAAUUCAAUGGAGCUGGACCAGGUGGAAUUUACACUUCCCAGAGGUUCAUCAGCUGAAGCUUCUAAGGAGAACUUGGAUAAGCUUCAAAGGAAUUUGUUUUCUUUUAGGGUUAGGGCAGGGAGCCAAUCUGCCCCACUUUUUGCCGAUAAUAAACCAGAUUUCAGUGAAAAAUUGAGACAGAUGCAACCAUCUUUAUCACGAAAAUUCAGUUCAUAUGUGCUACCCACUCCAGUUGAUGCAAAGAGUUCAUUCUCUUCAGGUUCAAAUAAUCCAAAGCCUUUUAAAAUGCAGACAAAUUUAAAUGAACCUACCAAGAAUUUGUGGCAUUCAUCCCCAUUAGAACAAAAGAAACAUGAAAAAGAUAUUGGAGAUGAACUGUCUGGUCCUACUUUCAGAAAUGCACAGUCUGCAGUCUGGGAGAGCAACAGCAAUACUGCCUUCACAAGACUGCCACUUCCCUUGGUAGAUGGUCCUGUAUCCUUAAGUCAUGAUCAUGUUUCUGCUUACUCAAAAAAGAUUAAAAGACAUGCCUUUUCUGGCCCAUUGACAAGUAAUCCUUGGCCUACCAAACCCGUCUCAGUGGAAAGUGUUCAGCUGUUCUCUGGACCUCUUUUGCCUACCCGAAUCCCACAGCCUCUGUCACCAUCCCCCAAAGUAUCUCCUAGUGCUUCCCCUACUAUUGUGUCUUCACCUAAAAUAAGUGAACUUCAUGAACUUCCGAGGCCUCCAACCAAUUCUCAGCCCAACUCAAGGUUUUUAGGUUUGGUGGGACAUUCAGGUCCAUUGGUGUCUAGAGUUCAAAAGGUUUCUGCUGCAAAUAAUUUGGUUGUUUCAAGUGUAGCAUCUCCGCUGCCAACGCCACCACAGGCCAUGUCUCGUAGUUUCUCCAUACCUUCUAGUAGUGCUCGAGUUGCAGCAUUGCAUGGGGCAAGGGCACGAGAAUCCUCUCAUACAUCAUCUAAAUCUGAGGAUAUUGCUUCUCCUCCGCUGUCGCCAAUAGCAUUAUCUAGUAGUCGGCCAUCAUCAGAUGACUGAGGCUGUUCCUCUGGAUGUUUGGACUAGAGGGAUGUACAUGUUUUUAUUAAUACCAUGCAAUGAGGCCAGGUUUGGAUGCUUGUGCAGAUUAAUUCCUCUCUCUUCUAAAGGUAGCGCUGUUUCUGACCCGGUGAAUAAAGCUUAUGGUCAAGUUUUGCUUAGUUUCAAUUCUGUAAAUAUCCCUUUUACUCAGUAUUCUUUUAUCAGCCAUUAUCAUUGUUAAUUCAACCUUAUAAUGAGUUUUGAUCUUAUUUUUAUUCGAAUAAUAGAUGCCCAUGAGUUCUAUUGUUGAAACAUACAUUUAAGCAAUUGACAGUAACUAAAAAAUCAUGCCUCACUUUUCCAA